AAAACAUACAACACCGAGGAUUCCCCAGUCGUCACCGACCUGAGUACUAGUUCGGCGGUCGGUAGCUUGUCGUGGGGAGAGCAAACGGGAUCCCGAAUUCUCUACCGCCUAUGGUCGUAUGUACUUGACACGAGAGGAAGGACGCCUGAUAAACUUUGGGUUGUUAGGAAUAGUUUGGUUACUUCCUAUUUCGAAGAAGUGGGGCAAGCUGUGAUAAGCCCCUUAUUUAGCAGAGCCCAAUGCUGUCCGGUCUAA